AUGAUGUGGAUUCGGGAACAUUUAUAACAGGCUUUCAAAUGCCUUUGGUCGUUUAUAAGGAUAUCUGUCUCAGUAAAUAUAAUGUAACUUUGGUAGGAAGAAGUGAGCAUGAAGUGCUUAGUUGGAGUUAUUGUUGCAACUUAAUUGAAAAGCCUUUUGGUAAUUGCACACGAGUUAUGAUGAAUAUCUGUUCCAUACUAAAGGAUAAAGCGGACUUUGAUAUAAAUAGCAUAACGUUCGAUGAAACUAAGAAAAAAGCUUUAAAGUGGAAAAAGGAGUACUCUUAUUGGUAUUAUACUCAUAAUACCCAAGAGCGGGUUGGUCACGCCGUAAAUCGCCUUCUACAAUUAUAUCACUUGAUAUCGUUUUCAAAGAGCAAUCCUUUAAAAAUGCCUUCCGUUUCUUUAAUUGUUUCUGCGAGGUCUCCAAUGCUUAGCGGCGCAUAUGUCGUAGAUCUAGCAAACUACUUAAUCCCAAAUUGGAAAAGUAUGUCUAUCUUCUCGGAGGAUUUUAAUAAAGAAGUAAACGGGAGUAUAUGCUUUGAGAAAUUAGUUGAGGUUGAUCCGUAUCAACACGAGCAAGUUUUUUUUUCCAAAAGUCAAGGAGAAGAAUGGAGAAGCUUUCUAAAUUUAAAUUUUAAUAUAGAGGACAAACUGUGCCCUCCUGCAAAAGCUGUAGUUCUGCAACGUAUCGAAGGCAAGUAA